GCCUUUGGAAGCUCCAGGGGCGGGGACGGGCAGCCACCGAGAGGAGCCUUCCCAGUCUCUCGCUCGCUCUGCACAUCUCUCUCACACAGAGAGCUUUCUCGUCCCAUUUGGGGGGGGGGCUGGCUUUUCCCCCCCCAAAUUUUUGUUUUGAUGGAUAGACUCGGAACUACCUGCAGCUGUUCUCCUGGGCGCACCACGUUCCUUUGCAGAUCUCCUUGAUACCUCCCCUCUCCCCAUUCUACUUCUCUUGCUCGUUUAUUUUUAGCUGUUUCCAGACUUUAAAAAAAAAUUUUUUUUCCAGAUGUUAGUCCACACCUAUUCCGCCAUGGACCGGCACGAUGGAGUCCCCGGCCACAGCUCCAGGCUGUCGCAGCUGGGCUCCGUGUCACAGGGCCCUUACUCCAGCGCCCCUCCGCUGUCCCACACUCCGUCCUCGGACUUCCAGCCGCCCUACUUCCCGCCCCCGUACCAGCCGCUCCCUUACCACCAGAGCCAGGACCCUUACUCCCACGUCAACGACCCCUACGCCCUGAACCCCUUGCAUCAGCCCCAGCAGCACCCUUGGGGGCAGAGGCAGAGGCAGGAGGUGGGCUCGGAAGCCGGCGCCCUACUGCCCCAGCCGCGGGCUUCUCUGCCGCAGCUCUCCGGACUGGACCCCAGGCGGGACUACCACGCGGUGCGGCGGCCAGACGUCCUGCUACACUCGGCUCACCACGGCCUGGACUCCGGCAUGGGCGACGCCCUUUCUCUCCACGGCAUCGGGCACCCGGGCAUGGAGGACGUACAGUCAGUAGAAGAUGCCAAUAACAGCGGCAUGAACUUGUUGGACCAGUCUGUCAUCAAAAAAGUUCCAGUUCCUCCAAAAUCUGUAACUUCCUUGAUGAUGAACAAAGACGGCUUCCUUGGUGGCAUGUCUGUGAACACUGGUGAAGUAUUUUGUUCGGUACCCGGGCGGCUGUCCUUGCUCAGCUCAACUUCAAAGUACAAAGUAACUGUUGGAGAAGUUCAAAGGCGCCUCUCACCUCCAGAAUGUUUGAAUGCCUCACUCCUUGGAGGAGUACUUAGAAGAGCCAAAUCGAAAAAUGGGGGCAGAUCGUUGCGAGAGAGGCUAGAAAAAAUUGGUUUGAAUUUACCAGCCGGCAGGCGCAAAGCAGCAAAUGUCACAUUACUCACCUCUCUGGUGGAAGGAGAAGCUGUACAUUUAGCUCGGGAUUUUGGAUACAUAUGUGAAACUGAGUUCCCAGCCAAAGCUGUUUCUGAGUACCUGAACAGACAGCACACAGACCCUACUGAUCUCCAUUCUAGGAAGAAUAUGCUGCUUGCCACAAAGCAACUUUGCAAAGAAUUUACAGAUCUCUUGGCCCAGGACAGGACACCCAUUGGCAAUAGCAGGCCCAGCCCCAUUUUGGAACCAGGGAUUCAGAGCUGUUUGACUCACUUCAGCCUCAUCACCCAUGGCUUUGGGUCCCCAGCCAUAUGUGCGGCCCUGACUGCUCUCCAGAACUACCUGACUGAAGCUCUCAAAGGCAUGGACAAGAUGUUCUUGAACAACAACUCUGCUAACAGGCACACUUCUGGGGAAGGACCAGGUAGUAAAACUGGAGACAAGGAAGAGAAGCACAGAAAAUGAAAAAAAAAAAAAGGAAGCUAAUGAAAUUAGGGGAAAAAUAAAUAAAAGGAAAAGCAGAGAGAGAAAUCUUUAAAAAAACAUCUUAAUUUUAGCUUUAAAAUAUUGGAUUGGGCUUUGGAAGAAUUAUACUAGUUAGGUCACACCCACAAAUAAUUUUUUUUAUAAAAGGAAAUAAGGUCAGAGGCGCACAAUGGAAACAGGAACGGUGGCUCAGUGGCUUUUACAAAGAACUUUUGAAGAUAACUUCAAGGAAUUUUCACUUCUGUCCUCCUGCAAUCCUUUUGUUAUGAUUUGGGAGCGGGGGAAUGAAAAAUGACAAUAAUAGGUAAAAGCAAUGAAUAACUUAUUGGAAUAAUGAUUUUGAUAAUGUUGAUACGUUGGCCGAGAUACAUAGGCUGCUUCUGUAUUGUUGUUUUUUUAAAAAUGUCUAUUUAAAGUAGAAAAAGCAAAAACCUUCAAAGGGAUAGAUUUGUUUUAUAUUGGACUGUCCCAUUCAGAGCAAAAUUUCCUGCUCAGACCAACUGCAGCCCCCUAAUUUGUGUGGCAUCUUGCCAUUGCCGCUCUGUGUCAUCAGAUUAACUAGGCCUAAGCCUUACCAGUAGUCUCUGGCUUAUAGAUUUCUUCACAGUGGAUGUGGGCGGGGAGGGCAGGGCAGAAUGAGAGAAAAUAAACCUACUCUGCUCUAUGGGUCUAUCUAGACUAGAAACCAUUAUGGUAAAACCUAAGGCACUCUGAAUGUAUAGCUAACAGGUUCAUGCUGUAAAAGAGUUCAAACCUAAGACUACAUAUAAGACUAAAUGUUAGCUAACAAGGCAAUUAUUGAGUGUCCCUAUUUCACUACAGGCUAGUUGCUUAUAUUUCCAAGUUUACUGCCACUUGCAAGUUUCACUGGCUGUGAAGGAUGUGUAAAGUUUCCAUGUAAGAUCCAGUGACAUACUGGUAAUAAGGCUGUGAACUACCUUAGAUUCAGCCAUUGACAUCCAGCAUAACAUCUGUCUUUCAUGGAGAACAUACAUGUGAAAAAGUGUUAUACAGGAAUGCAAAAGCUCUGAACAGAAGAGAGGAUGGCUACUAAAUUCUCCUGCUUGUGGAUAGAUCUUUUAAAAACCGACAACAUGCGUUUUGCAUUCAGAUAUAACUCUUGUGCAUUCUUUUUUUCAUGGAACUCAUAUGCCACAUCAGAACUGGCUCUGUGUUUGAAAUCAGUAUGACCUAUUUCCAGGCCAGCUGUUGCAACCUGACAGUUCCUUAUAGCUGCAGGAUUUUGGAUGUACACACGGAUCUCUCCCACUUGCAAGAGUUUCCUGUGCAUUGCAAUGAAAACACCUGUCUCAUUGGAGGGGAUAGAUCAGUGUGCCCCGAGAAAUAUGCACAUGGAUGUGUGCCACUGAAUUGAACAGGAGCUUCUUGUGUGCUUUCAAGUGCAGAUGACUGGCUCUUCUAAGACUGGGGACAAUGUGCUUAAGACUGAGGUGCCAGUCUGCUAAUUCUUAUUCUGAAUGGAUAUUGCCUGAUUCUCAAGAAUUCAGUUCUCUGUCUUUAAUAUGUCUCAGACUGCACUCAGUUUUUAAAAAAGAAAUGUUAGUAACAGGAAUGUCUUGAUGAGUAUGUGAUUUUCUUCUGAGGAGUAUGUACCCUUUUUAUUUUCUUCUGUUUCCCAAAGCUUUGCCCGCUUGGCUUAUGAGCUUCUUCAAAGAGGACUAGACUCCCUACACAUUUCAUCAGGUACAGAGAUGAAAAUCCACAAUUCUGACACUUUUCCUUUCAAAUCAAAGCCAGUUGUUUUGGAAUUCUGCAGAUGUACUUCUUUAAAGAAGCUCAAAGGAAAUAGAUUAAGCAAGGCCAAGGUAACUGAAUGGGUGAUGUCAUAUUGAGAGGCAAAUGCUAAUUUCUCCAAUAUAGAGAAAUGUUUUGGGGAGGGCCAAUAGUAUUUGAUACACAGAAUAAAGCAGGCUUGCUAAGUGUGUUCCCUGUUUAGAGGAGAAGGAUGGGCCUGAAGGUAAAGAGGAUUGUUGUGCAUUUCUAAUAGCUCAUUUUAAGGAAAUCUGUUUUCCCCAGAUUAUUAAAGGAAUUUUGCAGUUCUUGAUUUAGAAAACAAACAGCAUGCCUUGGGAUGGGGGAAUCAACCACCUUCCAAUCAUUUGCAGAAAUUUAAGUGCAUUCCAGUAUAUUUUAUCAAUGUGGUUUUAAAAUGCUUUUUUAUUUCCUUGUUUGGAUACCUACUAAAACAAUGCUUUGGUGCAAGAAGAUGAAUUUCACCUUGCAUGUUAUCAGCUUGGAAAUAGGUUGUUGACUUGACAAUGGCUAUAGAGUUUCAUGCAUUUUGAAAAAUCAUUUCCCUUUUGUCACAACAGCUUAUGUCUAUACAUCAUUUUGGCGUAACAUACUGAAUGCAUUCUAGAAAAUGAGAAUAGGAUAAAGAUGUCUUAUGCCUGCCACCUUGAUCCUAAGCACAUUAAGUGGUUGUAAAUUCCAUUAAUUUUGGAGGAACUUAAUUUCACUAAGAGAAUACUGAUGGCUAGGGUCUAUCUCUUUCACUGGGGUAAAGUUUUCUAUUCAGAUUCAGUUUUCAAAAGCAAUUUGAGUCCUUGCAGUUUUGAAUUGAAAAAAAAUUGUAAGAUUUCUUCUGCACAGUGCAAACUCUGACAGUAUAAGAAGUUGUCAGUGUCACAGCUGAAGUGACUACACAGUUCUGUUUCACCAUGUGUAUAAAUAUUCAACAUACAGCGAAGAUGUAGCCAACUGGAGUUUCCUAAAGGCAUAUACAUGCGGUGAAAUACACAUCUGCAAGUGCUUCAUACAUGAAGAAGUACAUUCUUAAUCCAUAGCCUGUCAUUACUGUGUUCCAAACAGUACAGUACAGUACACAAUUUAGGCGCUAAAUUAUGUAUUGUGUAUUUUAGAACUGGUCCCUAAAAUCCCUUAUUUCCAACCUAUCUAAACCACAAUGUACUUGAAAUUAAGCCAGUGCUUUCAGAUUGGAUAUUUCUACCUGUACUGUGAAGUAAGCUGUGUGUUGUCAUUUUUAAUGAGGCAUAUUCAGAAGGUGAUUAAUCUGGAGUAUACUGGAUGUGAUCAAAUUAAGUCUACAAUUCUGAGUGUAUUAUUUAGGCAGCAAGUUUUAACAAAAUCAGUGAAACUUCCAAGAGUUCUCUUUACUUUGGUCUAAACACAAGUAUUUCAGUUCAGCUGAGGAUGAAGCUUUACACUCUGAUCCUAAAUGCAUAUCUGUAUGCAUCUAAAUUCUGUUGCCAAGAUAUGGUGCUAGUCUCCAAGCCACUAAUUUUAGAAAACUGGAGAAUCAAGCAUAAGUUUAAAUUCACUCCUGUUGAAAUCAAUGGGAUUUAAAUGUGCUUAACUUUGGCUAUACCACACCCCAUAAUUUUUGCCUCCUAUAUUUCUGAAAUCUCACAUCCUGUUUGUGUAGUUUGUUUAAUCUAACAUCCAAAAUAAGUAAAUGCACCUUUAUUUUCAAUGUUACCCUAAGGGCUGCUUUUGAGGGGCUUGAAGAUAUCUGCAAUAGUAAUUAAUCCUUUCCCCAACCCAUAUUUGUUAGCUCUGAAUCAAGAUGUUAUCUUGGAGUAGUUUAUAAAUGUACCAGAAUCAUCUAUAUGUAUCACAAGAAUAAUUUACUACUUUUCAACCCAUUAAUCUGAGUAUGCCUUGCUCAAUAAAGAACCCAAACUGGCUAGCCUUAACAUUAGAAAGGCCCUCUGAAGAAAUAUUCCAGAGACUAAAAUAAAAAUGUUUAGGUCCAGGAUAGCUAACAUCACUCAACUGAGGAAAACAUCAUGGCACAAAAAGAGGGGAAGAUCUACAAAAAUAGUCAGGAGAUACCUGGUCCUAAUUGUAAAUACAACAAUAAGAAUAUCUGGGGGACCAAAUCUUUCUAGUUUAUUACACUGCAGACAUGCCCACCUUUCAAACUUAAAUUUGCUAACUUUAUGGGCAACAACACAAAGGAACACUAUAACAGAUAUUGGACAGAAGCUUUGGCUGUCUUCAAAACUCAUUAUUUGCUAGUUUUUUUUUUUUAAAGGGCAAUCAAUUUGGGUUAAACGGACUUUAAAAUGUAGGUUUGGGGGUUGCCAAUGUGGUGUCCUCCAUAUGUUGGAUUCAACUCACAUCAGCCCUGGCCAUCUUGACUGGCUAAUUUGAUUAAAACACAUCAUUGUGGUGUUGUGAAACAAAAACAAAUCUUAAGGUGAUCCUGCCUCCUUUCAUUUGUCAAUCUGCUUUUACAAAUUCUUCCUUGGCAGGCCACUAAAGUUGAGAUUAGAAUCCUAAGGCCAUGCAGCAAUAUGCAAAAACUGACUGAAAGCCAGUUGAGGUUGCCAGUGUGGUGCCUGUGGGCACAAAAAUGCCCUUAAGGACAUUCCAUGGCAUCCACAAAGCUUCUGAGGCCCCUUCUCCUCUCACUGCCGUCUUUGUUGUGAGGUGGCAAUGGUGACUGCCUUCCCCUCCCUUGAAAAGUCUGUAGGACUGAAGGAGGAAUUUAGAAGAAUGAUGCUCUGUGUACAUUCUGAGGCUCAUAUAAACAUGUAAGAGAUAGCAGAGCAACCAAGAGGCUAGGAAGAAAAGAGGAGCAAUUUGGGGGACUGGGGAAGAAAAGCAGAGUAAUCGGGGAGAAAGUGGGUACCAAAAGGAGUUGGGAGAGACAAGGAACCCCUUAAAAUGACCAUCAAAUCAUAGGUCACCUCUGUAUCCACAGAUAUGUUCUGGGAUGUGUUGGUGGUUUUGUUGGCAUCCUGUGUAAAACAAAAUGAAAGAUAUCUGUCAGGAUCUGUGCCUUGGAUCCAUUUUUUUUACUCCUGGCAACCACCAAAUCCAUGUGUUUUUUUCUGUGUGGUCUACCAUUGUAAUCUUUCACUUGAUGGUGUUUUGGGGGGUCCCUGUGUAAAAUCAUGCAAAUUCAAAAGGUUUUGCUUUAAUUCUACUGGAUCCAGCUUUUAUUCAGGCCCAUUGGAAAAGCGAAAAUGUGUACACACACAUAUGCACACACUCUCUGUCUGCGGGGAGAGAAACUGAGCCGGGGAGGAAAGAAGAUAAGCAGACAGAGAGGGUGGGGCCCACAGCACUCUCUUAAAAUUCCAAAUGUGCCUGUGGACCCCAAAGGCUUGGUGAUGUCUCUCCAUAGGACAUAGGAAGUUGCCUUAUACCAAGUCAGACCAUUGGUCCAUUGAAGUCAGUAUUGUCUACAUCAGUUUUCCACAACUUAGUGCCCUCUGGAUGUUGUUGAACUAUAAUUCAGUCACCCCUGAUCAUUAGCCAUCCUGGCUGAGGUUGAUGGAAAUUGUAGUCCAACAAUGUUUGGAGGACCCCAGGUUGGGUGAAGCUGAUCUAUACUGACUGGUAUCUCCAGGGUUUCAGACAGGAUUCUUUCCCAAUCCUACCUGGAGAUGGCUGGGAUUGAACCUGGGACUUUUUGUAUGCAAACUAUGUGCACUAUCACAUAGCUACACAACCCUCCCCUACACUUUAUGACUUGUAUUAGUUGUCCAGUAGCUUUAUCCUUUAUUUCCCAGUUAUAUACUCAGGGUCUCUGUUACUGAUAAUCUGACUCCUCUGCUACUAAAAUGGAUGUAUGUUGAUUCUUUUCAAAGAAACCACUUCCAUCCAGUUUCAGAGGUACCUUGUGCCUAUGUGGAAAGUUCACAUGGUACCAGGGAUUUAAAGGGUAACGUUAUUAUGCCCCCAGCUGAAGGACCUUGCCUGUUCCUGGUGCCGCAUUUUAAAAUGAUGAUCAACCACAUAUUUUUAGGAAUAAUAGCUGCCAUCUUAAACUCAUUCAUGAAUAAAUUCCAUUGUCUAAAUGAGAUUUAUUCAUGGAUAAGCAAAAAUGUUUGGUACAUCUUUUUAAAAAAUACAGUAUGCCUCAUGAAGUGAUUUCAGCACCUCCAAUCUCUGCCAACCAAGUGAUACCUAAGCACUGCCUUUGCAGUUCUCCUGGUAUCCUUCGGGCCACCUAAAAGGUGUUGCAUGGCAUUGCCAUUCCUUGGGUAUUGCUUCAAGAGAUGUGCUAUACCAUUUGGGCAUCCCCACAGACUGCAGCUAUGGCAUCUAGAGGCGGUGGAGCAUAAGAAUCUGAAUAUUUUUGUUUUAGAGUAGAGAACCUAACGCUAUCACCAUAAACAGUCAAGGUCCAUCAAAAUUUGAAGUCCUAGACAAGGAUUCCAACUGAGGACGGGGAAAAACCCAAAACAGUCUGGCCUGCUUGUGUACAUUUAACAGCCACUUUGUAUGCAGGAAUGAGUAGAAUAGUGUGACAAUGAAAUGUAUCAGUCAUUAAUUGUUGCAUUGUAAGUUGCUACUUGCAUAGCUGCAAGGGCUGGUUCAAAAGCUAUUAACCCUAGUCCUGAAUAGCGAUUCCUACUUAAAAGUAGUGGAUUUAAAAGCUAUGAGAGAUACACACACAUAUAAACAUACACACUUUUUUUGGAUGACAGCAGCUUGCUAAACUUGUUUCCAACUUUUUAAUGGCAGAGCUCCUUUGCCUGCUGUAUGAUGGAAAGCCAGCAAGUGAAGCUGAUGUGGAGAUAGUGCUUUGCCUGCUCCAUGCUCGUUAAUGCUCCAUGCUCAUUAAUGGGGAUUUAAAGGAAGUGCAGGGAGAGCUGACCCGGUAAUCCCUCUUAAAAUUUCAUUUUUAUUUAGGGCCUGUUUGCAUCACAUUUUAAAGUGUACAUUUAAGAUUUUAAAGAAGUAUGCCCCUCAUUGGAGAGCCAGAGCCAGGCUUGGCUGCAACGUUAUACAGGGCUACUCAGAAGUUAGCCACGUUGAGGUCAGUGGGACUUAAUUCCAGGUGAACAUUCAUAAGACUGCAGCCUAAAUUACCAGGCAUUUUCCACAUCCUUUUUUACAUUCCUUAUAUUUCAUACAUCUGAUGCAGUGAAAUCUAGUGCAUGAAAGCUCAUGCCAUAAUAAACGUGCUAGUCCUUAAAGUGCCACAAGAUUAUUUGUUGUUGCAACUCAACAAGGGAUCCUUUUCCUGUCAUUGCUGGGGAAAGCUGUGCUAUUAUACGUGGUUUUGCUAGUUACACAGCUGUUAAAAGGACAGACAUUCAACCCAUACUAGAGGAGCAACACUGGUGACUACGAGUGGGUUUUGCCCCAUUAUCAGAUUGGAAGCAAAUGGGUUAAUUCUACUUUGUAAAAAGUUAAAAUAAUGUGCGCCCUGUUAAGCAAUGAGGAGCGAGGUUCUGCUUUUACAUCUGACCUUAAAGCACCUUUUGUUUGAAAGGGAAUCACAGUGACUUAGUUUCAAUGAAGCUUUCUUUCAAGGUUAUGUGUUUAGGACCAUGGUGUGUUUGUUGGUAGACAAGAGUGCAAUAAUCCUGAUUUUACUAAUCAAAUGACAUAUUACACACAGACACACGUAAUUUCCUACCACCACCAAGAAAAGACAAAGCAGUUAUCUUACGGGGGAGGGAGAGAACAACAACAAAAAAAGGGACCAUUUAACCCUUUCCUCUCAGGACAUUUUCUCACUCAAAAUCCCCCCCCCAGCUGUCCCUCCUCAUAAGGUAGGGCCCUUUCUUAGAUAGGGAAAGAAGUCCGAGAAGUAAUGACUUGACUGAAGGCCAGCCACAUUGAGUCCAGGCUGAGAAAUGGGUUGAACCUUUUCAACUCCUUUCUCCUGUUAUUCAUGCAGCUUUGCGGCAGCUUUCAUUAACAUUCCUCUAGUACAGUCUUCCCCAACCUGGUGCCCUCCUGAUGUUUUGGACGACAAUGCUGGGUUAGCACAGCCUGGGCUGGUGGAAGCUGAAGUCCAAAACAUCUGGAGGGGAAAGGCUGCUCUAGUAGGAGAGGCCUUAAAAAUAAUUAUUGGAGAAACAAAAAACUCAAUAUAGUGGGUGAAGUGUAUAUACCCUCAACUCAGCCAUUUCCCCCUUUAGGAACAGCAACAAGAGCAGCCACGCAAAUAUCAGUUCCACACUCAUUCCUUUUUGCCUCAUUAUCAGAUUAAGGCUGCAGUGUAUAGGAUUGCAACUUAACAUCUGACUAAAGGUAUGGGGCUGGACUUUUAGCUGAUUGCUUUAGGAUGGUUACAUGACUAUUUGGCCAAGCCACACCACCCCCUCAAUCCACCAACAAUAUAGCUGUCUCAAGACACCUCUAUGUCUCUAAUCAGAGACUAUUUUUCUCUUCUGAGUCAUAAUGAAAUUAAUUUGUAUUCUUUUUUGGAGUGAGUGUCUUGAAACCUUAUUAUUGAAUCAAUACAUGUACAUAGUUUUUUUUUUAAAAAAAACAACAACGAGGCCAUCAGCACUGAAUGCCCUUUUCUGAGGUACAGCUCUGAUUAAGAUUAAUCUACUCCUUUUAAUAUUUCAGUAUCUGCAAUUAAUAAAUUAAUGUUUUAAUUGCAUUAAUGAAUGCUCUGGGCCCUGUUUCUAAAAUAUUAUUUACUGGUUAGAUGUUUGGUUGAUCUUUACUGAUACCAGUGCAGAAUACCAAAAUUAUAUCAUGUUAGUGUUUAAAAAAAUGUUUAAAAUGAACAAUCACUGUGACUUGGGGAGAGGACUGUGGAUGGCUGAAGACAGCCUCCAUAGUAUAACCCUUUGUAUGCCAAUGUGUCUACCGCCAAUCAAUUAAGCGCAUUAUGUGAAAGUAAAUCCUGUUGCAUUCAAUGGAGUGCACUUUUCAGUAAUGAGUUUUAAGAAGCUAAAAUAACAAGGCAAAUAGAUAUACAGAAAAUAGGAGUGUAAAAUCAAUAGUAUCUCCUUUCUAUGCCAAAACGGAGUCCUUUAUUUAAAUCAAAGCAAAGCCAACACCUACUCUUCUUGAAUAGUCUUUCCAUAAUGAUGAGAAAACAUCAAUUUUAGUGACUCUUCCAGAAAAGAAGGGGGGGACGGGACAAACAUGAGAGGCAUUCAGUGAUGAGUUUGUAUAUAUUUAUUUAUGCUUAAUUUAACGGGAUUGUGUAAAUAUGGCGAGCAAGUAGUUUUGGGGUUAUUUAUCUGUGACUAUACCUCUGUGAAUGGGUGGGAAUUUAAAGCAAGACAAAAAAACCAAAAAGACAAAAAAAAUGACAAACGCUUGACUCUAGAUAGUACCCAAUCUGAUUCCCCCCCCUGUUCUUUAUAGACAAGCUGUUAUGGUAAUGGGUAGAAAUUGGUUUCUUGUCCAGUGAUGACCUGAUUUACAUAAAUAAUAAUAAGAAUUUUAAAAAGAUUGUUGUGUUUUGUUGUAUUUUCCU